UGGUGGCGGCCGUGCCCGGCCCUCGACGGGCGUGCGGGCAGGCCGUCUUCCUCGUUCGGGCCUGAGGCGCCCUUCCGGGCCCGCUGCUCAGGGCCGGCUGCUCCCCGGCCGAGGCAUUGGCGGAGUUAAGCGGCUCCGCGGCGCUGGCGUGUGUCUGCCGGCUGCAGUCGGGAGGCUGCUCCGGCCUCUGCCAAGUGCCAUGCCCCUGAGAUCAGAGGCGGUCUCGAAAACCGGCUCGGUCGAAGGCGCCCGCAGCCGCAAGCGGCAGAGCCGCGGCGUGCCCGCCCGCGUGUGGGUGUGCGCGCCGGGGAGUCGGUGGUCGGUGCCAUGGCAGAGGCCUCGGGGAGUCCUCUGCCCGAACCCGCGGUGAGGAGGAAAAAAAGCAUAUCUAUUGAGGAGAAGAUUGACAUCAUCAGUGCCGUGGAGAGUGGCAAGAAAAAGGCAGACGUCGCAGCCAAGUAUGGCAUAAAGAAGAACUCCUUGUCUUCGAUUAUGAAGAAUAAAGAGAAAGUUUUGGAAGCCUUUGAAUCUUUACGAUUUGAUCCUAAAAGAAAAAGGCUAAGGACUGCUUUUUACGCCGACCUGGAGGAGGCGUUGAUGAAAUGGUACAGAAUUGCUCAGUGCUUGAAUGUGCCGGUAAACGGUCCUAUGCUGCGCCUCAAGGCCAAUGAUUUUGCCCAGAAGCUCGGACAUAGUGAUUUUAAAUGCAGUAAUGGCUGGCUCGAUCGGUUCAAGUCAAGGUACGGUUUAGUUUUCAGAGCUCAGCCUGUAGAAGCAGCUGCUGCUACCCGAGUGGAUGCCCCAACUCUUUGGUACCAAAAUGUUCUUCCUUAUUAUUUAAACGAUUAUCAGCCAAAAAACGUGUUUUAUAUACAGGAGACUGGAUUGUUGUAUCAGAUGUUACCACAUAACACAUUUGCGUUUAAAGGGGAAACUUGUUCUGUAGGUACACUAAGCAAAGAGAGAAUAACCGUCGUGGUGGGUACAAACAUGGAUGGCUCCGAGAAACUUCCUUUGCUUGUUAUAGGAAAAAACAAAAGUCCGUGCUCUUUUAAAGAUGUGAAGUCGCUACCUGUGGAUUAUGAAGCAAACGAUAUGGCGUGGAUGACUUCAGAAGUGUUUGAACAGUGGGUGCGUAAACUUGAUGACAGAUUUCAAGCACAGCAGCGACGAGUAGUUAUUCUCGUUGAUUCUCUCCCAGCUCACACAGAAGUAAAGAACCUGAAAUCUGUCAAAUUAGUGUUCUCUCCUCCGGACUAUUCUUCACGUACAGCUACGAAACAAGGAGUUAUCAGAAGUCUGAAGGUUAAAUACAGGCACUGUCUUAUCAAGAGAUUUGUUGACUGUGUAGAAGGCAAUAAAGAGUUUAUGCUGACUCUUCUUGAUGCAGUUGAGAUGUUGUACCUGUGCUGGAGGGAAGUGACACCAGAGACUAUUGUAAAAAGUUACAAUGAAGCAGGAUUCAGAUUAGAAACCAAAGCAAAUGGUAAUGACACAGAGGUUGAAAGUGACUUUGAUUUGAUUGCACAUGCACAGGCAGCUGGAGUGGAGUUUCCAGAAGGUUUAUCUUUGGAGGAAUAUGCAGCUCUAGACGAUGGCUUGGUAACUUACGAAAUGCCCACAAAUAACGAAAGGAUGUGUGCCAAAGAAAGAACAGCAGAUAAAGCUGGGACACGUGUUGGUGAUGAAGAUGAGGAUGAAGGUGACCGAUUUCAGGGAGCUGAGCAGCCUUUACCAUCAAAAAAUGAGGCUUUGAGUGCUUUGGAUACCCUUCGAAAGUUUCUCAGAAGUCAAGACACGAAUGAUUCACUUCACGAUUCCCUAGCUGACCUGGAGAAUUUUAUUCAACAUGUAGCAUGUAAAUAAAUAUUUUAGCGAUGUGUGAAAGCAUGUAAUUGAAAAAAAGGAAUUGUGUAAGUAAACAAAAAUAGGCAGUUUAAUAACAAGUGUGGCUGCAACGUUCUCUAGUGUGUCUUGCUCAGGUGCCUAGAUGUACAUAACGAAAGAAAUUUGAAAUUAUGAAAAAGGGCUGUGAACUGAACUUUCCCACAAAAUCAGGAGGAAAGAACACAAAAUUUGGGGUAGAGAGAGGAAAUAAGUUGAACCUUUAAAAUGAUAACUGUAGUUAAGUACAAUGGAGGCAAAAGCAAUUGUCUGAGCAGUUCGGUGCACUCGGGGUAAACUGGUGCCCACUCAGAAUUCUUUUUUCAGGAAGAGAUUAGCACUUCUUCACAUUGAUAACUUUGUUGGUGUCUUUGGAACUGUUGACAGUGGAACAGUGAAUAUUUAUCAGCUUGGUGCUUUUGAUACAAAAAAUUGAAUAACACAGAAAAUAGAUGCUUAAGUUCUGAGAACUAAGGGUUUUUUAAAAUAAAUUCUUUUUGUCCUUGUUCAAGAAUUCUGGCCAUAGUUUAUUUCUGCAGCAGAUGAACAGCAGAAAGUUAGCAGCUUUGGAUGUGUUUUGUUUCCUUAAAGCUGCCUGCGUGUGGAUACACAGGAAUGGCAUAAUCAUUUAUCCAAGAGUCGAAAGACAAACAAACCUUUACUUGGUCUUUGAAGAGGUCAAAAAAGAAGGUCAUUCUCUCCCUUUCAGCCUUUUUGGUAUUUGGAUUUGAUGUAGGUCCCUCUGUGCAACUCCAUGUAUUUCUACAGUAAAUACAGAAAAAAAAAUCAGCUUAUGCAGUAUCUGCACUCAAAACCUUACUGAACUCUUGUUUUAUUUACUAUACUUGAAGGCUUUGCUGUAGGAUUCAGUGCACCAGUGUGGCUUAUUAUUCUAAGUACCGUUAACAGGGGUGCUGUUUGCGUGAAUGCAGUGUGAGGUUGAGUAAAUCACAGUACAUUUACACAUCUUCAAGUAUGCGUUUCAAGCACUGUAAUUAUACCAGAGCCAAAAAUCUCAAUUCAUGAGAUGUACUGCUUGUGACUUUUUUCAAAACCUGUUUUAAAUAUUUUCCAUAUCUGUCAAUUUUUUUCUAAAGUUAGAGAUAAUAAUCUUUCUAAUUUAGAGGAAGAAAAUAAUAUUUUAUGGAAGCCCUUUAGGAAACCUGUGUAAUAAAGAGUUAAUUAUGGUGCCUAUAAUUAAACCAUGAGAAACAAUCUCUCGCUUAUUUGCGUCUUCAGUUUUCAAUAAAUAGUUUGGCUAAA